AUGCAAAAAUUAAUAUCUGAUUUAAAGAGCCUUGAAGAAUCAAAAUAACUUUAAAAGUCAAAGCUACAUAACUUAUUUCUUGAAUUUGAUUAGAUUAAAAAAAAAUAGUCUGAGAUUCUACACCCAUCAAACCCAAAAGAAAAUUUACUUUUAAGAAUUAGACCAGAACUUUUUGCCUUAGUUUUAGAGUUUUUGGAUUUAAAGACCUGUUUUAGAUUUCGAUUGAUGAGUGGGCGUGCCAAUAUAUGUAUUAUGAAAUAGUUACACCAAAAAAUAAAGCAAUUAUAAGAUUAAUCAGACAAUUUAGAGUAUUAGUUGAAUGAUUUACAAAAUAAAUAUUCAUAAGAAUUAAUAAAUCAGGAUUUAUUGCUAAUACGACAAAAUGCCCAAAAUGGUUUGACACAAUUAAAUAGAGCAGAUAUUGAAGAAAUUAGAAUAUAUUCAAGACCACCUUAGAUUGUAUCCAAAGUUAUUUCAUUAGUUUGUAUACUUUUGGAUUAGAAUAUAAAAUAAAAUUAAGAAAAUUGGUCUGAUUGCUAAAAGUAUUUGAGAGAUUCUAAUAACUUAUUGAAUUAACUAUUACAAUUGGAAAUAGAAAAAAUUUCUGAUUCUAAAUUGAAGUUGCUUUAAGAAAUACAUAAUGUUUAAGGUUAAUAAGUUUAAAAUAUAUCAAAAGGGUGUUAUGGUUUUUACCUAUUUAUCAAAUCAAUUGUUGAAAUAAGAGAAUCUAAAUAUUACAUUAUAUAGAAUUAAAAGUUAAAUUUAGAAAAAUCAAUUAAAUUCAAUAAAAGUCAAAUAGAAAAAUUACAAUAGAUAUCAAAAUGA